AUGGGGGAAGAGCCGCUGCCCAAUGGAGGUGGAAAUAUCCUCGUCACCCGCGGCUGGGGCGCCGACAAGCCAGGCAUUUGCCAGGCUUUCCUGAAGAAAGUGGAGGAGCACAACAGUGAGGUGUUGGAUAUGGCGCAAUUUCUUCUGGGUGGUGGCUUGCUGUUUACCUUCGUGCUCAAGGUAGAUGAGGAAAAGUCCUUUGCCCUCAUGAAAUCCUUGCGCGCUUGUGCCAAAGACGUGGGCCUUGAGCUGGACUUCUAUUUCCCCAACGCCGCGGAGGUGCCAGAGGCUGAAGGUGGGAACGAGGCCGUCAUCGCGCUGGUCUCAUCCCAGGCCAUUACCCCGGCGCUGAUGAUGGACGUGGACAAGGUCCUCUGGGGCCAUGGCUGUGUAGUGCUAGAGAUUGAGCACCGAAGCGACAACAUGAAGGAGCACAACGGGGAGUACAACAAGGUGCAGAUCAGGAUCCGUUGCCCCGUGGGACUGAGGCUGGCGUGCUUGGUGAUGGGCCCCGCCACCUGUGACGUGGAGGGCUUGCAGAAGGUCUGCUGGGCUCAUGGUGCAGAGGUCACUGCUCGAUGGUGGGAUGCCAUGAACAGGCCCAAUGGCAAGUCCUUAGUGGUUUUCGGCCUGUCGCAAGUGCUGUGCUGCGAGGACGUCAUGGAUCUGGUCGUGAAAGAAGCCGGGCUGCCGGCGGCAAGUCCCACGGCCAAUGGCGCCAGUGGCGCCAACGGUGCCAGUCCGGAGGUCAGUGCUGAAGAUAAACUGGCCAUGCUGAAAGGCAAGAGCACCUCCCUGCUGCGGAAGGUGAUCCAAAACUUGCCCUUCACUCCUGGGGCCAAGGUGGUCUGUGCCGCCAUGAAGCGUUUGGGCUGCCGCCUCGCCAUUCUGACCAACUCAGGUAUGCGGGAGAUCGCGGAACAUGUGAAAAGCACACUGGGCUUUGACUACGUGAUCUGCCGCGACGUGGAAGUAGAAGACGGAUGCUUCACUGGGAGGUAUCUGGGGGAGCUGGCCGAAGUGAAGUUCCGCAAGAUCGACCUGCUGAAGCUGAUGGCGGAGCGGGAAGGUGUGGCCUGCAGAAAUGUGAUCACCGUGGGUGAACCUCUGAAGGGGCUGAAGGCUGCCAAUGCGCGGUUGAUGUUGGAGACCUUUGGGCCCACGGUGUAUUUCAAUGCCAGCAAGCUCUCCGAUUUGACCAUCGUUCUGUACCUCCUGGGCUUCAGCGGCUCCGACGUCCGCGGCCUGCGCAAGCGCCGCUGGUUCGACGGCGACGGGCCCGGUGGCGCGGCGCCGGCCGCGGCGGAGAACUCGGCGCCCAAGGAGAGCAGCAAGCGAUUUAUGGUGCAGGUGAGCGCAAAGAGCCGCAAAGCCGGACAGUUGUCGAGCAUUUUCCAACCUUUGGCGCCUGUAGGGAAAGAUGUGCAGCUGACCACCAUUCGGCAAUGCAGCUUGCAGGAUGGUGGCAUGUGCUUGGGCCUGGACUUUACCGUCCUCAAGGAAAAACCGGAUGUUGUGGUGAAGAAUUUGCUCUAUGCCUGCCAGCAGGAAAAGAUGACCAUCAUGGACAUGAACGACUCAGUCAAAGAUUUCAAUUGGAAGAGUCGCUACGCCAACAGAUAUGUGCUGACAUUGGUACAAAAACCCAACAUCAGCAGCACCUGCCUCUGCGAGGUGCUGGGUGCAAUUGGAUCCAACCGCAUCAACAUCAUCAAAAUUGAAAGACUCAGCGCUCGAGAUAUCGCCUCCUUACAGUUCACCGUGAGUUUGCCUGAUGACCUGACUUCCGACGAUUUCGCCAGCAAGAUGGUGGAGGUGUCAAAGCGGCAAGGCGCGGACAUCGCGAUCCAACGCGACGACUUGGAACGAUGGAUGCGGCGUUUAGUGGUCUUUGAUAUGGAUAGCACCUUGAUCCAGCAGGAGGUCAUCGAUGAGUUGGCCAAGCUGGCAGGCGUCGAGGCGAAGGUGAAGGAGAUCACCGAGGCGGCCAUGCGUGGCGAAUUGGACUUCUUUGGUUCCCUGAAGUCGCGCGUGGCGCUGCUGAAAGGGCACAACGCCGAGGAACUGUUUGCCAAAGUCAAGGCCAAUUUGAUCUUCACCCCUGGCGCAAAGAGGCUGUGUACCUGCUUGAAGCGUCUCGGUUUCAAGACUGCUGUGAUCUCUGGUGGCUUUCUCCCGGUGGCCCGGGAGGUCCAAAGAGAAUUGGACUUGGACUAUGCCUUCGCAAACACCUUAGAGGUGGAUGAAACCACAGGUCUACUGACAGGACAGACGUCUGGACCUGUCGUAACACCUCAGCGCAAGCGGCAGCUGCUGGCAACCAUCGCCAAUGUGGAAGGUUGCGAAAUUCAGCAGACCAUUGCGGUGGGUGAUGGUGCCAAUGAUAUUCCGAUGCUCCACGCGGCAGGCCUGGGCAUUGCCUUUUGCGCCAAACCGAAGGUUCAAGAGGUGUCAAGAUAUCGCAUCAAUCAGAUGGACCUCAGUACUGUGCUGUUUCUCAUCGGAAUUUCCGUUCCUCGGCUUCGGUGCCAUCGGACCAGGCUAAGUGCUAACUAG